AUGACAGCGAUGGCACAUCUUACGUCUCUUCUCUUUGUGCUGUGAGUCGGUGUCACAGUGAGCACCGUGGUGGAUCUGCAGAAGAGAAUUAUUGAUUCUAACAAGUGUAGAAAAGAAAAGCGUCCUUACCAUGUGAAGUUGGAUAUAACUAAUGAAAAGGAUUGGAUGUUGUGUGGUGGCUCUCUGAUCAGUAACCGCUGGAUUCUGACUGCAGAACACUGCCAGAAGCAGGGAUGGACUAUAUAUGCAACUUUAGAAAAAGAAGGAGAAAUACAAAUGACAAUCAAAUCAGAACCCGUUAUCUUUAAGGACAGCAGCAACAGGACUCAUGACAUCAUGCUGCUGAAGCUACCUAAGCCUACUCAGGCUCUACCUGUGCCACUUCCUGACUGUAAGAAUCCUCCCAAAGUGUGA